AUGUUUGUCGUGGGGAAUAUCUACGUAAUUGCGGCGGUGUCCGUCAUUGGCGGCGCGCUCUUCGGUUUUGAUAUUUCGUCCAUGUCGGCGAUUAUCGAUACUCCUGCCUAUAAAUGUUACUUCAACCAUGGACCUAAUGGCCCCCCAUUCAAUGAUGAGCCGCACUGCUCUGGUCUAAGCUCGCUGGAGCAGGGUGGUGUCACUGCUGCUAUGCCUGGUGGUUCUUGGCUUGGUGCUUUGAUCUCGGGUUUCAUUUCGGAUCGUCUGGGUCGCAAGUAUUCUAUUAUGGUUGGUUGUAUUAUCUGGAUUAUUGGCUCUAUUAUCAUUUGUGCCUCCCAGAACAUGGGUAUGCUCAUCGCUGGUCGUAUCAUCAACGGUCUGAGUGUCGGUAUCGAGUCUGCUCAGGUUCCCGUCUAUAUCUCUGAGAUUGCACCUCCAUCUAAGCGUGGUCGUCUCGUCGGCUCUCAGCAGUGGGCUAUUACCUGGGGUAUCCUUAUCAUCAUCUCCUUCGGUUGCUCCUAUAUCGGAGGCAAGCUCCCAACAGACUACAGCGAACAAGUCUUCCGCAUUCCCUGGGGUGUCCAGAUGGUCCCCGCCGUCCUCCUCUUCUUCGGAAUGACGAUCCUCCCCGAAUCUCCCCGUUGGCUAGCCCGCCACGACCGCUGGGAAGAAGCCCAGUCCGUGCUAGCCUUAGUCCACGGCAAAGGCGACGCCAACAGCCCCUUCGUCAUCGCCGAGAUGCAAGAAAUUCGCGACUUGUGCGAAUUCGAGCGCCAGAACAAGGACGUCUCCUACCUCGAACUCUUCCGCCCCAAGAUGUUCCACCGCACCAUGACUGGUGUCUGGUGCCAGAUCUGGUCCCAGCUCACCGGUAUGAACGUCAUGAUGUACUACAUUACCUAUGUUUUCUCCAUGGCCGGCUACGAGGGCAAUGCCAACCUCCUCGCUUCCUCUAUCCAGUACAUCAUCAACGUUGUCAUGACCGUCCCGGCCCUGAUCUGGGUUGACCGCUGGGGUCGUCGCCCUACCCUCCUGAUCGGUGCCACGCUCAUGAUGAUCUGGAUGUUCGCCAAUGCGGGUAUCAUGGGCAAGUACGGUGUCGUCGUUCCGGGCGGUAUCAAGGGUGUUGCUGAGGCAUCGAUGAGACUCUCCGGCACACCUGCUAAGGGUCUCAUCGCCUGCACUUACCUCUUCGUCGCCUCCUACGCCCCAACAUGGGGUCCUGUCUCGUGGGUCUACCCUCCCGAGCUGUACCCUCUGCGCGUGCGUGGCAAGGCCGUUGCGUUGGCUACCUCGGCCAACUGGGCGUUUAACACUGCGUUGGGUCUGUUUGUGCCUUCGGCGUUUGCCAAUAUCCGCUGGCAGACUUACAUCAUCUUUGGUGUUUUCUUGUUUGUUAUGCUGCUUCAUGUUUACUUCCUUUUCCCUGAGACUGCUGGUAAGACUCUUGAGGAGACUGAGCAGAUCUUUGAGGAUCCCAAUGGUAUUCCUUACAUUGGUACCCCUGCCUGGAAGACGACCCAUGACACUAAGCGCACUGUUGCUGCUGAGUCUGGGGAUGUUGAGGUUCUCGGGGAGAAGUUGGCUAGCAGUGAGAAGCGGGGUGCCUUGCAUGCUGAGGUUGUUCCUAAGACUGCCUAG